ACUGAGUCUUAAAAAUCAAAGAAUAAUAUCUACAAAAAUUGAGUCGUCGUCUUCUUCCCCAAAUCCAAUUUCUUUUCUUAAAAAUUCUCUUACCAUACAUGUAAUAUGAUAUUGUAGAAAAAUCUAGGGCAAAAAUCAACCUUCAAAUUCAACAUCAAAACCCCUUCUUUACACAUUUCCAAAAUUUGACUCUAUGAACUUCGAAAUUAUCCACUUCCGUUCCGUAAAGUAACUUGCUUUUCUUCACUACACUUCUCCGCAAAGUAUCAACCACCAAGCCAAUUUCAAUGGCUGCCGUGCUCAGAUCGAAAGCAUCUAAGGAAACGGCGUCGUUUACAGUUUCUCAGUUCCGGUACUUUCUUCUCAAUCACAUGCAUGCUGGGAGAAUGGCGAGCUCUCACUGUACGCACCGUACAAAAUUGGAUGACCUUUAUAUGAAUACUCCUUAUAGCUUCACUUCGUUCAAACCCGUUUCGCUUCGAGGCGACUUUGUCGAUAAGGGUACUCAAUUAUCUAAUAAUCUGAGAGUUUCCCAUGAAGCUAAUAGCGGGACUUGUGAUGGGAAUUGGGAUGAGAAAGUUGGUAGAAAUAUUAGGCGACGUUAUAUUUCAAGCUCGUAUGGGGACCCUCCUGAGGUGUGGUCCGGUGAUGGCCUUGUGGUUAGGUCCGGUUCGACCCCGAAUUUGGUCCGUGGUGGCGGGGGAGGCGGCGGUGGUGGUGGUUCGAACUCUGGUUCGGCUGGUGGGUUUGGUUCCAAUUCGAGUGAUGAUUGUUGGGGAGGAUCCAAUUUGGGGAGUGAUUUCCCAACGCCUAAGGAAAUUUGCAAAGGGCUGGAUAAGUUUGUAAUUGGGCAAGAGAAGGCCAAAAAGGUGCUUUCUGUGGCUGUUUACAACCAUUAUAAGAGAAUUCAUCAUGAGUCCCAACAGAAAUGGCCCGCAGGAGAUUCAGCUACCCAAAAACCUGAAGGGACUGAUGAUGAAAGAGUGGAACUAGAGAAAAGUAAUAUUCUUUUGAUGGGUCCGACAGGCUCAGGGAAGACAUUACUUGCCAAAACCUUGGCACGAUUCGUGAAUGUCCCCUUUGUCAUUGCAGAUGCGACAACACUGACUCAGGCAAGAUAUGUGGGAGAAGAUGUGGAGUCUAUAUUGUACAAACUCCUUACGGUUGCUGACUAUAAUGUGGCAGCUGCACAACAGGGCAUUGUUUAUAUUGACGAAGUUGACAAGAUUACAAAAAAGGCUGAAAGCCUCAACAUUAGUAGAGAUGUAUCAGGAGAGGGUGUUCAACAAGCAUUACUGAAGAUGUUGGAAGGAACAGUAGUAAAUGUUCCUGAGAAGGGAGCACGAAAGCACCCUAGAGGCGAAAAUAUACAGAUUGACACGAAGGAUAUUCUGUUCAUUUGUGGGGGUGCCUUCAUUGAUUUAGAGAAAACAAUUUCAGAAAGACGUCAAGAUUCUUCUAUUGGAUUUGGUGCUCCAGUACGUGCAAAUAUGAGGGGUGGUGGUGUUACUGAUUCUGCGGUUACUUCAACGUUAUUAGAAACUGUUGAAAGUGGCGAUCUCAUUUCAUAUGGCUUAAUACCUGAAUUUGUUGGGCGAUUUCCCGUUCUUGUCAGUCUGUCGGCACUUACAGAAAAUCAACUCGUCCAGGUUCUAACAGAGCCUAAGAAUGCUUUGGGAAAGCAAUACAGGAAAAUGUUUCGGAUGAAUGGUGUCAAAUUGCAUUUCACAGAAAGAGCCUUGAGAUUAAUUUCUAAGAAAGCAAUAUCCAAAAACACCGGUGCUCGAGGCCUAAGGUCAAUACUAGAGAAUAUAUUGAUGGACGCCAUGUAUGAGAUACCGGAUGUUAGAACCGGCAAUGACAUAAUCGAUGCAGUUGUGGUUGAUGAAGAGGCUGUGGGGUUGGAAGGCGGCCAAGGUUGUGGGGCCAAAAUCCUGUAUGGAAAUGGUGCAUUGGACAGUUAUCUUUCACAACAAAAAUUAAAGGUUGUUGAGUCUGUAUCUACAACAGAGGGGUCAGAUGUAGAACCUGAAGAGCUUCCAUCUGUUGUUGCCAGCAUGUAAUUCUCUGCCUAAAUUGUUUGUUUUUAUCUUCUCUAAUAAUAGAUUUGUACAUAAUAAAUUUUUAUAUUAUUAUUUCAUAGUAAUAUGUAUGUAUCAUAUAUAAUAAGGCAAUUCUCAUAAUAGAUUUGGACUUGAUUUACUUACA